GGAUUUUUAACAAAAGUGAGGUUAUGUUUAUAUUGAAUAACAAUCAUAUAGAACAAGAAAACUAGUUAUUUAUUUAACAUAUAUGUUAAAAACAUUGGCAUAGUAUUUUAUACAAAAAGCGCUACUUGCACUUCGUAGUGCCGAAUCACUGUUAAUGGCGACAAGAAAUGAAAAAUCCUUUCAAUACAAAAAUGGUUUUAAAAAUAGAAUUGCUGAAAAGAUUGACACCACUCUUUUGCAGUGGUCUGCAAAUAUUACAUAUAUCGAUUUAAGCAAUAAAAGUAUCCUAACUCUUGACGACAAUGUGCAAUUUCCACCCAAUUUGUGUAACUUAAAUUUAUCAAACAAUGGAUUAGUGCAAGUACCUGAUGUUGUGUUAAAAUUGAAGAAACUGCAAACAUUAGAUUUAUCACAUAAUUUAAUAGGCUAUUUUGACAAAACGCCUGAUUUCUGUCACGUUAUAGAAACUCUAGACCUAUCACAUAAUCACCUAGCAGGGCCACCAUACUGGGUGUGGACUGAAUCUCCAUCGAAACUAUCUAAACUCAAUCUUAAUUAUAACUUUAAACUAUCACAGUCAUUCCAAAAUGGAUACUUGGAAGAAUUAUUACAGUAUAAUGUAUCAGUGUCAGAAGUAAAUAUAUCAAAUUGUAAAUUGGGUGACCAUAUGAAGCUGUUUAAUACCUUUUCUAAAGUCAAAACACUUCAUGUUGGUAUGCCUAAUUAUAGUAACUUUGCUAACCAUGUUGGUGAUGCACCAUGUAUAGGGUUAAAUAAAUGCUGUGAUAUUGAAAGACUGAUUUUGUGUAACACACAGAUAUAUACAAUUAAGUCAGAUAUAGUUGUAUUUAAGAAUAUAGUAGAAAUUAAUAUGUCGCAUAACUACAUUUCUGAUCUGCCAAAUGAGUUCUGUGAUUUGGUGAAUCUUGAAAUAUGUGUGCUGUCACAUAAUAACCUUUUGUAUUUACCAGACAAUAUUUAUAAAUUAAAUAAAUUGACACACUUAUAUAUAGAUUGCAAUGAGCUAUGCACACUCCCAGAGAGAAUUGUUGAAUUGAACCUUCAUGUUGUAGACCUGUAUAAUAAUGGUUUAUAUGAGGUGCUGGAGGAAAUAAAAAAUGUAGCAGAACUAGACUUGGCUCAGAACUUUUUCGAUGAACCGGAUGACCCACAUUAUGCUGUUAAAAAGGGAAAACUGAGGUUAAAUAUUACGGACCGUUUUGAUGGAAGGAAAAUUGAAGAGGACAGACAAGACAGUGAACAAUCUCAUUGCACAACUGAUGAUGAAGAACUCCUGUGCAGUUUACAAAUUGAUAAUAAUGAUGAAGUAUCAAAACAAAAUUAUGAUCCACCGAGUUCUCCCGAAGAUUGGGAUUCUGAUGAGUACUGGGUACCGGGCUAUACGCGGCGCGUGUCUCCACCCGCUCAGUCGCCGUGGCUGUUUUUCGUGAAAAAGAAAAUGGCAGAAGGUCACUUCUGCCCAAUGGACGCACAUCCUGUCUCCGUAGCAGAAAUAGUGAAGUAUGAGAAAAUGUGCAACCCUAGAGUAUGGCAUGAAUCUGAAGGACAAUUUGACGAUUACUCAGAUGAUAAUAGCUGA